CCAGGGUAAAGUCCAUUCCAGUAGAAAUACCUGGAACUGAUACAUGUCGAGGCUACAGUAUUGACAGUACCACAACACAGUACAAAAACUACCACAACAGCAAGAGGAAAACAGGAGGACAAGAAAACAGAAGAAAAGAAGGAUAUGGAGACGACAUCUUCGUUGAUCAGGUCAGUGACUCGGCGGGUGUGGUCACCGGCCCCCGCCGCCCCGAAACCAUUCAGAGUGUGCUCCCACGACAGGUGCAACAGAAAGGUUGUCAAUGCCAGGAACCUGGAAGAACUGAGAGAGACGGUGUGCCAGGCCCUGAUGCUGUGCAUGUCCAGCCUGUCGGUGGUCCUGGCGUGCGAGGAGGAUGGGACAGUGGUGGACACCGAAGACUUCCUGAUGUCUCUUCCGGACAACGUUGUCCUCAUGGCCCUGGAGCCUGGCCAGAAAUGGAAACCUCCUGCGGCCGCCAAGUUCUCAAAUGCCCUGGACACCAACCAGCAGCGGGCAGGAAGGGACAUAGCCCGCGUGACCUUUGACCUGUACCGGCAGAAUCCCAAAGACGUGUUCGGCUCCCUAAACGUGAAAGGCACCUUAUCAGGCCGGUACUCCGUCAGCGCUGACUUCAAAUGUCUGGGACCCAAGAAAGUCCUCAGAGAGAUCCUUCGUUUAGCUUCCUCCUUCCUGCAGGCAGCAGGUUACAUGCUGAUCACAUCAGCCAAUCUCAUCAAGCGCAUCAUUGAGGGAGUGGAGUUCUGGCAGCCCCAGAGGGAAGAGGUGCUGGACUACUGGAACUAAUCCAGUACUAUGACCGAGAACUAAUGACCAAAUUAAUUCUAAAGUGUUCAUGUGUGUUUAAGAAAAAGCGAGACUGACUGAGUUAUGCUAGGUAGUGUGGGUUGUGAUACGCCAUUUUGUUUAUAAGAUUUGUUGUAAAAGAGGAUUUAAACCAUUUUUAAUCUUGACAAUGUACCAUGAAAAGUGAAACUGAAAUACAGAGUACUUAAGAUACUGAGAUUUUGGCUACACCUGAGAAACAGCCAAUUGUUUUGUUGUUGAUUAGACUUAUUUCUUUGAAACUAAUGAUAAGACCACACAAGAUCAGCCUAACGACAAGGAAAGGCAAUGUUCUCUCCUGUCUAUAAUCUCUCUAUUCUCCUGCAUGCACUUGUCCAAAAGCUAUUAAGUGGGCUUUCUUAAUUAUGAAUUUAGUAAUAUAUCCCCUUUGUUUAAACCUUUUAUUUUAUCAAAUCAUUAUUUAUUAACUGUCUUUUCUGUCUUACAUGUUAAGCACCUUGAAAUGCAUUUUGUAAAUGUGCUAUAUAAAUAAAGUUUGAUUGAUUG